AAACCCAAGAAGGCGCCGAGAGGAGCGGCCGCUGUGCGGGCGCCGUUCCCCGUUCCCUCCUGCCUCCCGGGCCGCCGGCGGAGCAGAGCGGGGAGUCCCGGGCCGCGCCCCGCCAUGGCCGGGCAGGCGGUGCUGGGCGCCCUGCUGUGCGCGCUGCGCGCCGGCGCGGGCAGCCCGGACCCCGAGGGCGCCUGGCCCGCGGCGCCCCUGCGCUGUCCGGGCAGAUGCGUCUGCGCCGCCGACCUGCUGAGCUGCGCGGGCCUCGGGCUGCAGGACGCGCCGGCGGAGCUCCCCGAGGCGGCCGCCGACAUCGACCUGAGCCACAACGCGCUGCAGCGCCUGCGGCCGGGCUGGCUCGCGCCCCUCGCCCGGCUGCGCGCCCUGAGCCUGGGGCACAACCAGCUGGCAGCCCUGGGGCGCGGCGCCUUCGCCAACGCCAGCGGCCUGCGGCGGCUCGACCUGUCCUCCAACGCGCUGCGGGCGCUCGGCCGCCACGACCUGGGCGGGCUGGGCGCGCUGGAGACGCUGCUGCUGUUCGACAACCGCCUGGCGCACCUGGACCCGCUGGCCUUCCGGGGCCUGGGCGCGCUCCGCCGCCUCUACCUGGGCUGCAACGAGCUGGCCGCCUUCUCCUUCGACAGCCUGCACGGCCUCAGCGCCAGCCGCCUCCGCACGCUGGACCUCUCCUCCAACCGGCUGGCCCGCGCCCCCGUGCCCGCCCUGGCCGCGCUGCCCGCCUUCCUCAAGGACGGCCUCUACCUGCACGACAACCCGCUGCCCUGCGACUGCCGCCUCCUCCGCCUGCUGCAGCGCUGGCGCCAGCGCGGGCUCAGCGCCGUGAGCGACUUCGCCCGCGAGUACACGUGCCUGGCCUUCCGGGUGCCAAGCUCCCGCGUGCGCCUCUUCGCGCACAGCCGCGUCUUCGAGAACUGCUCCGAGCCCCCGGGCGGCCUGGAGCAGCCGGAGCAGCAGCGGGAGGUGCAGGUGGGCGCGCGCCUGACGCUGCACUGCGCCGCCAGCGCCCCCGCCCGGCGCGUGGCCUGGGUCUCCCCGCAGGGGGAGCUGCUGGUGCCGCCCGGGGCCCCCGACCGCAGCGUCGAGGUGCUGGCCAAUGGCACCCUGGUCAUCGCGAGCGUGCAGACGUGGCACGAGGGCGUCUUCGUGUGCCUGGCCACCGGGCCCGGCCUGCAGCACAACCAGACGCACGAGUUCAACGUGAGCGUGCACUACCCGCAGCCGGCGCCCGAGGCCUUCAACACGGGCUACACCACGCUGCUGGGCUGCGUGGUGGGCCUGGUGCUGGUGCUGCUCUACCUGUUCGCCCCGCCCUGCCCCGGCUGCCGCCGCUGCUCCCGGCGCACCUGCUGCCGCCGCCGCGGGCCCCGCACGCCCAGCCCGCUGCAGCAGCUGAGCGCGCAGUCCUCCGUGCUCAGCGCCACGCCACCCGACGCCCCCAGCCGCAAGGCCAGCAUGCACAAGCACGUGGUGUUCCUGGAGCCGGGCCGGAGGGGCCUGGACGGCCGCGUGCAGCUGGCAGUGGCCGAGGACUUUGACCUCUACAACCCCGUGGGCCUGCGGUUCAAGGUGGGCUCCGCGUCCACGAGCUCCACGGGCUCCGAGGGGCUGUGAUGCCCUCGCCGCCCGGCCCCGCCUGCCGCCUGCCCGCGCCCUGCUGCCCGGAGCUCCCCGGAGCUGGGGGAGGCCCCUCACUGGGGCCCUCGGCACGGGCCCUGCGGACCUUUCCUGGAGACGAGGCCACGGGAGAGCCUGGCCUGGAGCGGGCGGUGAGGGAGGGAGCAGGUGGGUGGGGGUGACCUGGCCCAUCUCCAGGCAAAGAGGAAGCACCCUCCCCCGGUAACAGGCCCCGCGCACCAUCCGACCUCCUUCCCAAGUGGCCUCUCCUGUGCCCAGGGCAUCGCAGGCUGCAGGGCAGCCUCUCCCGGCUCAGCACAGGGAGGGCACAGAGGGCGGGGCACACUGCAGGCCCUGGAGGCUCAGCUCUGCUUCAUCUAAUGGCCAAGGGCCGGCCUCGCCCUCCCGCGGGGCAGGGCAGCUGGGGACCUGGGGAGCGAGCAGAGCUGGGGCCGCUCGGGGCCUGGAUUGGACCGUCACAAGUUUCCUAAUAAAGCCGGACCCUGCAGACCCCCAGACACGUGUGCUCAGUCUGUCUCGGCAGCGCUGUCAUCACAGGUGCCCCGGCCCUGCCUGAGGCUCUGAUGUGGGGUCCCUGCUUCUACUCAGCUGCUACUGCCACCGAUUCAGGCAUUGCAGCCCUCAGCCGUGGUACCCCAAACCUGCCCGAGGCCCAUCUCCCAGACGAGGAGGCAGAACUGCCAGGAGCCCUGUGCAGUCCCAGGGCCCCACCCCCCACUCACCCUGCACAGCCCCACGGGGGACCCCCACACUCAGCCUGCACAGCCCCACGGGCCCCCACACUCAGCCUGCACAGCCCCACGGGCCCCACCCUCCACUCACCCUGCACAGCCCCCCGGGGGACCCCCACAUUCAGCCUGCACAGCCCCACGGGCCCCCACACUCAGCCUGCACAGCCCUACGGGCCCCACCCUCCACUCAC